GAUAAAGCGUGGCCGUUUGCGCAGACGCCGAGGGAGACGCGGUCGCGAGGAGAUGGCCGACGGGAAGCGGGAGGGUUCGGGUUCGGCCGUGGCGAUGGCGGCCUCGCCGUCGUCGGCGGCGCUGGCGCGGGGCAUGCACGGCGGCGGGAACCUCCUGGAGGAGUGGAGCGGGCGUGUGAAGGCGAUAGAGGCCGGGUUCCGCGCGUGGAUGGCGAAGCAGCCCAUCCAGGUCGAGGCCGCGGUGACCACGGCCGUGGGCGCGGUGCAGGGCGGUGCGCUUGGCGGGCUCAUGGGCUCUCUCACGGCCGACGGCGGGUCGCCGUUCCCCCUGCCGCAGCCGCCGCCCAACGCCAACCCGCAGGCCAUGGCGUCGUUCAAGCAGGCCCAGGCUUUAGCUGGUGGACCCUUGGUGCAAGCCCGGAAUUUUGCAGUCAUGACUGGUGCAAACGCAGGCAUAUCUUGUGUCAUGAGAAGGAUACGAGGGAAAGAGGACAUCGAGGGCAGCAUGGCGGCUGCUUUUGGUUCGGGUGCUCUGUUCUCCAUAGUGAGCGGAAUGGGAACUCCUAAUCCAGUUGCAAAUGCAAUUACAACUGGUGUUGCUUUUGCUGUAUUUCAAGGUGGUUUUUUCAUGAUUGGGCAGAAAUUUUCAAAGCCACAGAAUGAAGAUACGUGCUACUCUCAUACAAGAAGCAUGUUGGAACAACUUGGUCUCCAAAAAUAUGAGAAGAAUUUCAAGAAGGGUCUCCUCACUGAUCAAACCUUACCCCUCCUUACUGACAGUGCUCUAAGAGAUGUGAAGAUCCCCCCUGGACCCAGACUUCUCAUACUUGAUCAAAUUAAAAGGGAUCCUGAGCUGGUGCAAUCAAAAUGAAGUCACCACUGUCAACUGGUGGUUCGUUUUGAGUUGCAUAGGGUUUGAGUGUGAUGCCAUCUCUAUUUUCAUAAUAAGCUUUCUAGGCACUGGUAUUUCAUCACAAGCGAGAAUUUUGUUUUGGUUUUGUAGUUAUUAUUUGGCAUCGAUCAGUUUGCGUCCAUCCUAUUGAAUUUUGAAUAACAGUUAGUUACGUGCAUGGUAUUCAAGUUUUAA